ACGUUAGCUUAGUCUAGUUUAUUCUUUAACGGGUAAACAAGAAAAACAGCAUUACCCAACUCGCUCUCUUCCGUGUACGUUUAUGCUGUCCCUCCUUCCUCUCCCUCCCUCCUCUAUCCCAAUUUCCCCCAAUGAGGUAGUGGUGUUGGUAGUGGUGGGAUCUUUGGAGACACUCUAGACUACGAACAUGGCCGACGCGGAGGGCUCCGGUCUAGAAGAGGAGCCGGCCGUUGCUGAAGCUCCGGAGGCAGAAACACCCCACUCGGCCCGGUCGCGCUAUGUGUCCUUCAGCGAGUCAAUGCAACCAGCCGUUGGCAUGGUCAGUCAGCUGCUCGGUCAGCCAAUGUCUCUUAAAUUCGACAAAAACAUUAAACAGGCCUUCUACAACACCGGGGCGAUGAUUUUUGUGGCGAUCUGUUGCGGAGCUGCGGUGCUAGUUUACUUCAUCUUGGAGGCGUUCCUUCGACCACUGCUUUGGGCCGUGCUGUGCGGGACUUUUCUGCACCCAUUCAAGUACUCCCUUGCCCGUCUCUGCCGCUCUUGGCUCAAUGGACUUCAGGAGACAGGAACCCCGGUGGUACUAGGGACAUUGUUAGUUCCGGUAUGGUGUGUGAAUUAUGGUAUUGAUAUGCUGGGCACAUUGGUGCUGGAACGGUUGAAGGUACUACUGGUGGUGUUUGCUGGAGCUCCGUUGCUGUACGUGCUUUACCUGUCCUGGAGUCUCAUCGGCAUGCAGGUGUUCCUCGGACACGCCUGGACUGUCAUCUCUCUUCUGCUGGAUUGCUUUAGCGCUGUGUGGGUGGGCACUUUAGUGGUUGGCUAUAUUUUGGCGGUGAUCUUCAAGUGGACCCCAGGGAUGGAGGGUUACCUGCGUGCCAUGUCUGUUCCUGUGUGGACUGUUCUCAUAUUCUACCUAGUCUCUCUAGCAGGCUCAUGGAGAGUUCCUGUGUUUGUAUUUGCCGUGGCACUUCUCUUCAUUGGCUGCCAAGAGAAGAAACCCAAACCUGGUAGAACUGAGUUGUCAGGGCAGGUGUUGUCAUUUGCUGCCAACACCAUAUUCAUGGCCAUAUCCUGCAGUACACAUGCAAAGCCCAAAGGAGAAGAACAGAAGAGUGACACAACGCCACCUCAAGACUCAGUGGAUGGAGCUAGGACAGUGGGAGGGCAUGGACGUGCACGUGUCCGUCCAGAGCUGGGCACCAUGCGUCAGAAGAAGAAGAGGGCCAGUGACAUUUACUUUGUGCUGCUGGGAUGGGCCUUUAUCGUGGUGCAGAUCUUCCUCAACCUCUGGAUCAUACAGCUGCUCCCCAUACCUGUAGCUGUAUGGCUUCUGAAAAAAGUCACUGUGCGCUUUGGGCUGAAGGGUUUUGCUGAGCGCACCCUGUCUUCCUGGUGGGCCAGACUUCAGCAAUUCGUUGGAGAGCGACAGGAAGUGCUUGUGCCUGGACCAAUCAGAGGCCUCUCUCAGUUCCUGCUCCGCAUUGACACCAAGCUCUGGCAUUGGCUUAACCAGCAGAUGAUCGUGUGGCUGGAACGUUCCCUGGAUAAGCUUAUUAGCAUCUUCAUCAUCUUCCUGCUUGUUACUGGGACUCUGCUGAUGGCCCUGCUGCUCACAGCCAUGGUGCAUCAUGAGAGUGUCCACAUCAUUGAGGUCACAAGUAACCUGAUCAAUGAGACGGUCUCCAACCACCCGGAGUGGGCAAACUGGCUCCCUGAGGCACGUGUGGUCCAGAAUGCCUUAAACUCUGCUGCGACUAAUGUCUAUCAACACGGUCGAGAAUGGAUAACACAAAAGCUCCAUAAGAUGCUAGGCGACAAAGUGAAUCACACUGCAGUCAUAGAGAAGCAAGUGCUGGAACUUUGGGACAGAAUGUACCAGUCCUGGUUUGUGAAGAAUGUCACACACACUGGACGUCACCGGGGGACUAAGUGGCAUGUGCAAAGACAGAACAGCUGGCUUGGGGAUAUUUUGGAUUGGCAGGACAUCGCCUCCUUCAUCCAGGAGAACAUUGAGACCCUUUUGUCGAUUACGGAGUCUCUGUGGAUAGUGAUGAGCCGGAAUUUAGGACUUCUCAUCUCUACGACAACCACUCUGAUAACGGUCCUGUUCCACAGUGGCACAGCACUACUCAACUUUGUUCUAUCUCUGGUGAUCUUCCUCACCACCCUCUUCUACCUGCUGAGCUCCAGUGGGGAGUACUAUAAGCCAGUCAAGUGGGUGAUCAGCCUCACCCCUCUGUCCCAACCCGGGCCCUCGUCCAACAUCAUUGGCCAGUCAGUGGAGGAGGCCAUCAGGGGUGUGUUUGAUGCAUCACUGAAGAUGGCAGGCUUCUACGGUCUCUACACAUGGCUCACACACACCAUCUUUGGCAUCAACAUCGUUUUCAUUCCCUCAGCCAUGGCCGCUAUCCUGGGUGCUGUGCCGUUUUUGGGGACGUACUGGGCAGCUCUGCCGGCGGUGCUGGACCUGUGGCUGGCUCAGGGGGAGGGCUUCAGAGCACUGCUCCUGCUGAUCUGCCACCUGCUGCCCACAUAUUGCGUGGACACCGCCAUCUACUCCGACAUCUCAGGUCAAGGGCACCCGUACCUGACUGGCCUGGCAGUAGCGGGUGGGGCGUACUAUCUGGGCCUGGAGGGGGCGAUCAUCGGGCCGAUCCUGCUCUGCAUCCUGGUGGUGGCGUCCAACAUCUACAGCGCUAUGUUAAUGAGCCCCAGCAGCGCACAGGCCACUCCUAUACAAGCCUACCAGAGGCCAUUCAUGGACACGCCAAUGGUACUGAAGGAAGGGAGUGAGUGAAGAAAUGGGUGACAUGUCUGCAGUGUGUCUGUUGUCAUAUCUCUCUCACCUCUCCGACGUCAUCGUGGCGUAGCAUCCCUGAGGGGUCUCUCACGCCGUUCAGCAGGGGCUCUUCUGAGGCACCAACAGCAGCAAGCAGACAACAAGCCCCACCCCCCCCUCACUUCCGUUAGAGGUCAUUGUGGCAAGACCCAUCUUUUCUCCAAUGUGCGUUUUCUUUGAGCUUCCCUUGCAAAGGGCCGCAGGGUAGCAACCAAGGCUGACCUUAGCUGAGAUGAAUGAGCUAACGCUGUCACCUAACAAGGCUGGCAUUUAACUUAGCACUCUAAUGCUAAACCAACUUAGACUAGCACUUUGCCGCAAAACCCCUUUUAAACCCACAGUGAGACACCAUGUUAAAACAGCUUUUGGUGAGAUGCCGAGUUUAGCUAGUACACUAGUACGCACAUACAGUAUGUUGGCACCAUGGUCCUAACCGAAGCUACAUCUUUGUCUUCAGAUAGUGUAGCAGGGCCAGCUUUGUGUACCUACUCUGUCCCAACACUGAGUCAGUGGUCUAAUGGUCACAGUUAAGUACCUGAAACAACCUCAGCUGGCACUACAAUCCAGUGUCGUUUGAAAUAUUGCUAGUGAUUGAAAGCUACUUUGUGAUGACCUUAUUUAUUGCUUUGGCUCAAUGUGAAUUGGCACAGAGAGACAAGUUACGCAAUCGGAAUGACUUGACCAAUCAGGUUUAUUCCUUUGCGGAUGUGUGAUUAAUGAUUGUGAUGAAUUUUUUGGCAGAUGUGUUUUGCUGAAACGGCCACCCCAAUAUAAACAGCGCUGCCACUGGCUCGUGCUGCUAGAAAGCCCCCGUAGUCUGGGUCCGGAAUCUCCAUCUCAGUCCGUUGUCAAGUCUCAACUUUUUGAGAGAAUGUUCUGUCAUGUAUUAUCUGUGAAUGCUGCCUUUGGCAUCUGUUAUUUUGAAUUUCCGCAGGCAACACGUUCUGGCCUGUCAUAUGUGUUAACGAAUACACUCGACACCCUCAAAGCACACUCUUUUGCACAUCCUUUUUGUUUGCUUGCACACUCAUAGGGUAGGACCGUUUAGAAUGAUGGGCUUUCGCUAAUAGCGUAGCGUAUAUAGUGACACACACAGACAUUUAAACACACACAUUCACUGUUGUGUCUGCUACACCAUCGGUACUCUUGAGCGGCUCUCUCCUUUGUGUGCAAUUAUUUGUAUGUAACAGAGUAAUUACUUUGUAUCAGUUAAGUAUUACUACAUGCUCUACAGGUUUACAUGCCUCUUGUGACCUUAACAUGCACAAGCCCCUUAACACAGUCAAAAGAAUGGGCACACCUCUUUCCCACGAGAGGCCAUUACAGCUCCAUACUGUAGUUACAUUGAACUGAACACUUACCUCUCUAAUCUUAAAAAUGGCUCCAUGGGAACUUAAUCUACUGAGUUUACGGGAUGUGGAGCUAUGAAUAUGAUGUUACUUCAAAAACACAAGAGAUGUUUUGUUUUGAUGUUAGAAUACUAGAUAUUGCUGUUGCGCAGUCUGCCUCUCAACAUACGGUUUUGAAUGCUCGCCAUCCCGACCCUGAUCAACCUGGAUUGGGAGAGAAAGGCUGUCUGCCCAACAGGGGUGUAUGUUUGAUGCUCUAGGGCAUGCAACACAAACACACACAAACACACACACACACACGGCAUGUCAUGAGUGGUCAGCUCUGCCUCGUGUCCCAAAAAAGUGCACCCCUGUCCAGUCUUAAAGAUGGGUUGAAUGUGUAGUAGGUCAAGGUCAAGUACUCUGGUUAUCCAGAUGUCAUUGAAUUAUUGACCUGAAGUCUUUCGGUUUCAGAUCUCUUUAAAUAAGCACCUUUUGCCCGUGCCCGUCUAAACCCCCUCUACAAGCACUUUGGAUCUGCUACUGUUUACACCAAAUAAUACUCUUAAGGUUUUUAGUUUUAGACUGUUUUUUUAUGGUUUUCUUCCUUUCUUCCUUUCUUUCGUUCUUUUCAUUUUGAAUUUAAGCACUGUUGUGUUAUUCAUAUUUCUUAACCUUAGUAUUCCUAUGAAAACUUUUUUGUUCCUCACCCUCAUGUGUUUUCUACGAACAUUCAAAGGUUGAUUAAAGGUUUGAAAUAUUCAAA